ACCAAAUCCUUUCCCGUUUACUCAAACCCUUCAAAACCCUAGAAAUCCCAAAACUCUCUGAAUCGCAGCCAUGGAUUUCGACGAGUACGAUUACCUCGAGAAGACUGUGCAGGAUAACGACGACCGCGACUCCAAGAAGAAGCCGGCCAAGAAGGACCCAUCCGCCGAGAAGAGCUACCGUAAGAGAGACGCCGGCGCCGAAGAGGAAGAGAAGAAGAGCAGCAAGAGGUCCAGAGGUGGUGGCGGCGACCACGAGAACGGCCGCGAUAAGGAAAAGGAUAGAGAUAGGGACGUGGAUCGCCACCACCGCAGCGGGAGAGAGAGGGAGAGGGACGGCGAGCGGGACAAGGAUCGCGGCGGCGAGAGGGAGAGGGAGAGGAGCGGUAGGGAUAAGGAGAAGGAGAGGGAGAGGAGGGAGAGGGAUAAAGAGAAGGAGAAGGAGAAGGAGAGGAGAGAGAGGGAGGAGAGAGAGAAGGAUGAGAAGGAGAGGGAGAGGAGUGCGAGUAGGUUGGAGAGGGAGAGGUCGAGGAGGAGUGUGAGCAGGUCGGAGAGGGAGGAGAAGGAGAGGUCCAGGAGGAGUAGGAGCCACACUGAUCGAGAUAGGGAGAGGGAAGUUAGGGAGAAGGAACGAGAGUUUGAGAUGAAUGAGAGCAGGAGGUUUAAAGACAAAAAAGAAAUGGCGGAGCCUGAAGCUGAUCCAGAAAGGGAUCAGAGAACUGUUUUCGCUUACCAGAUGCCACUGAAGGCGACUGAGCGAGAUGUUUAUGAAUUCUUCUCAAAAGCGGGCAAGGUGAGGGAUGUCCGGCUGAUCAUGGACAGGAAUUCAAGACGAUCAAAAGGAGUUGGGUAUAUUGAAUUUUAUGAUGCAAUGCAUGUGCCAAUGGCAAUUGCUCUCUCAGGCCAGCUACUUCUUGGACAACCUGUAAUGGUGAAACCUUCAGAGGCAGAAAAGAAUCUUGUUCAAUCAACUGCUUCCGGUGGUACCACAGGCAUAGUAGGACCAUACGGUGCAGUUGACAGGAAAUUAUAUGUAGGGAACUUGCAUUUUAACAUGACUGAGACUCAUCUUAGAGAGAUUUUUGAACCAUUUGGUCCGGUGGAGCUCGUGCAACUUCCCCUUGAUAUUGAGACAUCACAGUGCAAGGGGUUUGGGUUUGUUCAAUUUGCUCAUCUAGAACAUGCCAAAGCAGCUCAAAGUUUGAAUGGGAAGUUGGACAUUGCCGGUCGAACUAUCAAGGUUUCAUCUGUUACAGAUCAUGUUGGCUCGCAAGAGGCUGGAGCAAAAUCUGCAGAUUUUGAUGAUGAUGAUGGUGGUGGUUUGUCUUUAAAUGCACAAUCUAGGGCACUGUUAAUGCAAAAGCUAGACCGAACAGGAACUGCCACAAGUAUUGCUGGUUCUCUUGGAGUUCCUGUGCUGAAUGGGUCAGCACCAAAUUUGCCGAUAAAUGGUCAAGCUCCAUUUUCUGCACCAUUUCUUCCAGCAAAAGUUAUGCCGACUGCAGAACCUAUUGGAAACCCAAGUGAAUGUCUAUUAUUGAAGGAUAUGUUUGAUCCCAUGACGGAGAUGGAUCCAGAGUUUGAUGCGGACAUAAAAGAAGAUGUAGAAGAGGAAUGUAAUAAAUAUGGUCGUGUGAAGCAUAUUUACGUGGAAAAAAACAGUGCUGGUUAUGUGUAUUUGCGGUUUGAAACUGUGGAAGGCGCAGCUGCAGCUCAACGUGCAAUGCAUCUGAGAUGGUUUGCAGGCAGGCAAAUUUCAGCCACUUUUAUGCAACCACAAGUUUACCAGGCGAAGUUUGGAGUUUGACCCAUGACAACGUGCAGGAGAGGAAGUGUAAUGCAUGCUUUUAGUUGAAGGGUAGCUAUUCUAGCUAUAUGUUUGUUUUUUAGAUAUUUGACUCCCGAGUUUAAUUUAUACAUGUUAAUUACGUCGAAUGGGAUGGCACUCGGUAGAAAAUGUGUAGUUUGUAUUCCAACCUUUGUUUUUAAUAUCAAGAGUUCAGUUUUCUGGGUUGCCUGCAUUUGCUUCAUUAUGAACCCGACAAUGAUACUUGUAAAACACGUUGAAUUGUACAGCCAUGUUGGUCUA